UUUUUCUCUAUCCCAUGCAUCAGCCAGGGAGUGAAAGGAAAGACUAAAGAGUGUUCUUUAAUUUGUUGUUGUGUAUUCCCUCUUCUCUUAACUUUCAUUGCCACCAAACAGCCCAUACCCAUCCAAGAAAAAUGGAAAUAACUACUAGUCCAACUCUGUCAUUAACCCAGAGUAGUGUACCCGAGGUCACACGACGUCGCUCUGCAAAUUACCGUCCUAGCAUUUGGGGAGAUCAUUUCCUUGCCUAUGGUUCUGCUGCCACGGAAAUGGAGGUUAAAAUGGAGCAAAGAAUUGAGCAGCUCAAAGAAAAAGUGAGAGAGAUGAUCGCAGCAAGAGUUGAUAAACCUUCGCAGAAGCUGAACUUGAUUGAUGCGAUUCAACGCCUAGGUGUGGCCUACCAUUUCAAAACCGAGAUUGAGACUGCAUUACAGGACAUCUAUGAAACCUAUCAUGAAAUGGCCGGCGAUGAAGAUCUUUACACUGUGGCUCUCUCAUUUCGGCUGCUUAGACAACAUGGACAUCCCAUCUCCUGUGAUGUGUUCAACAAAUACAAGGACAACAAAGGAAAAUUUCAAGAAUCCGUAGCUGGUGAUGUAAGAGGAAUGCUAAGCUUGUUCGAAGCUACACAUUUGAGGGUGCAUGGAGAAGAUAUAUUAGAUGAAGCACUGACUUUUACCACCACUCACCUUAACUCUGCACUACCAAACUUAAGCAAGAAUCCUCUUGCAGCACAAGUAGUUCAUGCUCUGAAUCAACCCAUCCACAAGGGCUUGACUAGGCUCGAGGCACGAUGUUACAUCCUCUUCUACGAACAAGAUGAUUCCCACAAUAAAACUCUACUGGAUUUUGCAAAAAUUGGACUUCAACCUCUUGCAGAAGUUGCACCAGAGGGAGCUAUGCGAAAUAACAAGAGAGGUCUUACAAGUAUGAGAUAUUGA